ACAAACUUCACCAACAAUGCUGGAAAUUCCUAUUGCACACUUUACAUUCUAAUGACUGUGCAAGAUACCUACUUCCUGCUAUUUGUGCUGAUUUUACGAGGACUUUCUCGAUCUUUUUUAGUCGAAUUUGUUAUUGUUUACGCGCGUCUCGAGCUCUGCUGCGCGACACCGUCUAGUUGCAGAGGCGCGCGCUGGCGGGAACACAUCACUGCACCUCUCACAGGUCCCAGCACUGUUGAUUCUUCCUCAGUUUGUUGACCCUCACCUCAAAAUCAAAUGCAGAAGAGCAUUUGAAGUAUUAGACCAGUGAUUGUGUUCUGGUGAAGGUAGAAUUGGGCUGUUGUGUGAUAUCUGGGGGCACAUGACGGUCCAGGCUGGAAGGAUGGAGGUGGCGCUAGUCGACUUUGACAGUAUGGAAAACAUUGACAACUGUAUGGACAACUUCAAUGACCCAGACUAUCCCAAUGAGAUGACGGCUUUGACAGUAGAAAUGCCAGAGUUUGGGCCUGGCACUACAUGCAAUACAGCAAAAGUGUCACCAUAUAAAGAGAAGAACCCACCAAAUAUGGAUGUACCGCAAUCACCUGUCCUGCCGCCUCACACAAGGAGAGGACGAGCUAGCUGUGCUAGUCUAAUUUCCAACUGGAAGUUACUUGUGAACAGUGAAGGAACACAAAGUGAGACAAUCUUCAGUAGACUGGCCAAAGAAUGCUACGAGGACUUGUUUGUUGAUAAGCGAGGUCUUGAUGAGGGUGAUCAGAAGGUCAUCAUCAACAUCGCCGGUCUUCGCUUCGAAACCCGCCUGAGGACCCUCAACCAGUUCCCUGAGACUCUUAUGGGCGACCCAAUAAAGAGAAUAGACUAUUUUGACCCGAUGAGAAACGAGUACUUCUUUGACCGCAAUCGUCCGAGCUUUGAUGGGAUCCUCUACUACUAUCAGUCGGGGGGCAAGAUUCGCCGGCCUGCGAAUGUACCUUUAGAUGUCUUCUCAGAUGAGAUCAUCUUCUACGAGUUAGGACAGGAAGCCAUGGACCAAUUCCGCGAGGACGAAGGCUUUAUCAAAGAAGUUGAGGUCCCGUUGCCGUCCAAUGAGUUCCACAGGCAGUUCUGGCUGCUUUUUGAGUAUCCCGAGAGCUCAAACGCAGCCCGAGGGGUUGCUCUCGUUUCCGUCUUCGUCAUCGUCAUCUCCAUCAUCAUAUUCUGCCUUGAGACUCUCCCAGAAUUCCGUGAGGAGCAGGAUAUUUUUCCAACUGUUGGUUUUGCCUUUAACCAAACGCAUCCCUCAGGUUCUCUUCCAAGCGUCUCCCCCAAAACCAUCACCAGCACCUUCUCCGACCCCUUCUUCAUCAUUGAGACAGCUUGCAUUAUCUGGUUCUUCUUCGAGCUUGUGGUGCGUUUUAUGGCCUGCCCAAGCAAACGGGAAUUUUUCAACAACAUCAUGAACAUGAUUGACAUUGUCUCCAUUAUUCCCUAUUUUGUCACGUUGAUAACUGAGAUUGUGACCACCACCCAUAAGUCCAACACAGGGCAGAAUAUGUCCCUGGCCAUCCUGCGAAUCAUCAGACUGGUGCGAGUCUUCAGGAUCUUUAAGCUUUCCAGACACUCCAAAGGCCUGCAGAUCCUGGGCCAGACACUCAAGGCCAGCAUGAGGGAGCUUGGGCUGCUCAUCUUCUUUCUCUUCAUUGGCGUCAUUCUCUUCUCCAGCGCCAUCUAUUUCGCCGAGGUUGACGACCCCAACACCCAGUUUGUUAGCAUCCCUGAUGGAUUCUGGUGGGCUGUAGUUACCAUGACCACUGUGGGUUAUGGAGACAUGUGUCCCAUUACACUAGGUGGUAAGAUUGUGGGCACUUUAUGUGCCAUUGCUGGGGUGUUGACCAUCGCCCUGCCAGUGCCUGUAAUAGUCUCAAAUUUCAACUACUUUUACCAUAGAGAGACAGACCAGGAGGAGAAGCAGCCCGUAGCUGAUCCAACCGACCAAGCUUCAAAGUCAGGGAACAAUACAAAACAUGGAAGUAGUUCCUCUCUGAACAAGGUAAAUGGAAAGUAUUAAGUAUUAAAACCCAUAUUGAAACUUGGGAAACAGAAAUUUUCGUGAGCAUAAAUCACAUUAAACAUCUGCAGGUCAUAUUUCACCCCAAAAUCAAGAGAUAAUACAGUACACUACCCAUCCAAAAUAAAUAAAUAAAUAAAAUAAAAAUUUUAAAGUUGCUGUUUGGAUUCAAAUACACAAAGUUCUGCUAACCCUAAUUGAUGGAGUGUGAAGCUUUUACUUUCUUAAACAACCAUGUAGGAAGACACACCAUGGCCAUAUUCCAGGAGGACAAUGUCAAGAUUCAUCAGUCACAGAUCGUCAAAGAAUAGUUGGAAGGAGCAUGAAAAAUAAUUUUCACACAUGAAUUGACAUUAAAUUUAAUUGAAGGUCUUUGGGGUGUGGUGGAGGAGACUUUACAGAGUGCUGGACUCUUGCUUUGUCAAUACAAGAUCUUGACCAAAUAUUUACCUAAAACUUUAUUUUACAGUGUCCUUGUCACAGAUGUUACAUUAUAAUAACAUGGUAAUAACAGUAAAUUAUGCAUAAUUACAUGCAACUAACCCUAACCAUAACCCAUCCAAACCCUAAUCCAACCCUAACCGUAUAGUAAGUACAUAUAGUUACCUAAUAUAUAAUUUUAAUAUUAUCUAAUAUUAAGCACAUAAUUACACUGUAACAAUGACCCAACAAUUAUUCCCAUCAAGAGGUGCAUUCAUUUUUGGUCAAUAUCUUGCACGGACAAUGCAAGAGUUAAGUAUUUCUAAAACAAGUACUUCUAAGAUGUAUAAAAUACUUUACCAUUCAUAUAAUUAAAUAAUAUUUUUUUUCAGUAAUAUGUUUUUGUGCAUUCAGUAAAGAGAAUUGGGGAAUAACAGUCAUGCAAAUUAUUUGUAAAAAAGAAGAAAAAGAUGGUGCUAAAAUAUCCAUAGUUUAUUCAUUUUGUGGUGAAAAAUGACCCAGUCAGAUACGUCACAGGUUUUGUGAGAUUCAGCCAAUGAGUUUAAUUUUUAGUGUUUCGAUGUUUGUGAGAUUUUUUUGGGUUGAAACAGAGUUGAUUAUUACCUAAUAACAGUUUCUCUGAAAACAUAAGUAACUGAAAUUAGAUUUCCAUCCGUGUUGCAUAAUCCUAUUAUUAAAUAAUAAAACAACUUAAAACCAUCUCAUAAUCUCAUAAACCUAUUACAUCCUGUCCACUAUGUGUAAUUAAAAAUUAGAGAAUCACUCUAAAAUUAAACGACAAAUGCACUAUCAUCAAGUGCAUUUGGGUGGCUUAAUGCUUCCACCAGGAAACUACCAUUUUGGGUAACUUGCAAAAUGGCGCCUAUAACAUUUAUCUCUAACACCUUUGUCAUAUUAUUGUCUAUAUGUAUGUGUUUUUUUAAUAUAAUUCCAAGUAAGUAGUGUAUAAUACUAUCAUGUUGUAUUUGAAGUGAUAAUCAUGGUUUGUUGUGGCACUUUAGAGGAAGCUCAGCCAAUGAAGAGGAGAAAUGUAUUUAGAGUUUUCCACUUACAGUCACUAUUUAUUUCUAUGAUCAUUACAGUGCCUUUCACUCAAAUGGGAUGUACCAGGCUUUAUGUUGAGUGGAACAAUGGUAAAUGUUGACUUGAGUUGAAAGAUAUGGACCUACGUAUCAAGACUUCCAAGUCUUGUUCUCUCUAACUAUCACUUUCUCUAUCAAUAUUAGCCUCAAGAAAGGCAAUUUUCAUUGACGGAUAAAGACAUUCACUCUUGUAUCAUUUUGAUUAAUAAUAAGUGAAAAUAGAUAACGUUUUGUUGGAGAAAGCAUCAGGGAGCUAUGAGCCAAGGUCUCCAUGUAUUAUACAAGUUGUUUUUCAUUUAUCGGAAUCUUGGUGAGCUGUUUUCCCCAAGAAAUACGGGAUAUUCUGUAAACACAUAUUGUCGUUGUGUUUUUAGUGUUAAUAACUGCUGCUAUUUUAUACUUACCUAAAGUUAUGUUAUUUUAGUAUGAAGGAGAAGUAGUGUGCUAUUUCUGUUUGAAUUAUUAAGCAGAUAAUCUGAUAUUUAUUUGCACAUUUUGCCUCUAUAACGAUGGUUCUUUACGGACUAACUGAACACUGUGGUGGUGGUGGCGCUACAGAAUGAAUUGAACAUUUUAACGCGUCCUUUUAUUCUAGAAUUAUAAUUCUAAUGAGAACAUUCAAAGCCUUCAAGAACAUUAAAAAACGAAACUUCAGGAACUUGAAUAUCAUGUGCUUUGCCUGACAACUUAUCAUAGUUGGUCGUACAUUUAUGACUGUAAAUAAGUGACAAUAUAAAGCCAUUUAAUGUGUUAAUAACUGUGUUAUUACUGUAUGUAUUAAAAUUCUACA